AUGCCUUUCGGAACCGAAGGAAAGCCCAGUGCUUGUCAACGCUGUUAUCGCAAGAAGAUCCGUUGCGACAAAACACAGCCGGCAUGCUCUCAUUGCUAUCGGGUGGACACUCCAUGCGUCUAUGUGACAAGCGGGAGAGAACUCCGCCGGCAGAACGUUGACAGGCUAGAAGAUCGUAUCAGAGAUCUGGAAUCAAAGAACAGAUCUCUCACUAGCCAACUAUAUGAAGUCCAAAAGUCGCCCGAGGUCCCAACGCCUACUACCUCAGCUAGCCAAACAGGGAUUCAGCAAGGUCAGAGUGAUGUCGCUAACCAGGUCAUUCAUCUAUCGUUGAGCGCAAGUGGAGGGACUGAGUUCGUCGGAUCGACCAGUGGACUCUUCCUGGCAAAUCUACUCCAGCCACACAUCCAGCAAUCUUCGGCAUUGGCACAGGGUAUUCCGACCGUGCUACAAGACCGACAGCAGACCACUUCGCCACCAUCGAAGCAGGCACGGCCGUCCCGAAACCAAGCCCUGCAAAUCUUGGAGGCAUAUUGCAGCCAUGACCACGUCUGUUAUCCAUUCCUUUGCAUUGAGACUUUACGUGAAGCACUGGACCGAGUUUAUGCAGUGGAUACGACCCAAGUAGGCCUGAACGACUGCUUCUUCAUUGAUGCAGUCCUCGCCCUCGGUUCUGCACAGGUAUAUAAACUCGGGUGGACUGGGAUAUGGGAUGCUGAGACUCAUUUCAGCCGUGCCACAUCACAGCUGUCCAACGUUCUCGAUCAAGGCGGCUUGGUCAGUCUACAGGCGUUAUUGCUCAUUUGUCAGUAUCGAAUGGGCACCACCUCGCAAGACACCACCGCCAGUGUCUGGCAUCUCAUAGGGGUAGCUGCACGGACUUGUUUUGAGCUUGGUCUCCACAAGGCGUCAUCCUACACCCCUAAUGAAGCCUGCGGUGAAUCCCAGCGCAAGGAAGUCGACAUUAAGCGUCGCUGCCUCUGGAGUGUAGUCGCCAUGGACCGAGUCGUCAGCCUCAUGCUUGGCAGACCCCUUGCUAUCCAGCUGGAGGACAUUGAGCUGGAACUCCCUCAGGUGGGAGCAUCGAGCAGCGAGUCUUGCAUCUUCGCCCAUGUCGUUCGUUAUCGGAUUAUUUGCGGCAAGAUCCUCAACGGACUCCAUCGCAGUUGGCGUGGUCGCAAGAAAGCAGAAGACUAUGCAGAGCUCCGGCAGCAGCUUGAGCACGAGCUCAAUUACUGGCGUAGCGAGACAUCGACUCUAGUCCUGGUGAGAGACGAUAGCCUGUUGACGCCCGCAGCGAAGUCGACCUUCAGAGCCCCAGAAUGGUAUGAUUUGCUUUAUCACAACGGCAUUCUUAUGCUAUUCCGCCCGUCACCAUGCCUCUCCGAUGCCACAACCAAUAGUGUCACACUGCAGCACGUCUAUGAAUCCUCGCAGAAGGCCAUAAACUAUUACGCCAGCCUGCACCGGUCCCGGAAGAUCAACUACUCUUGGAUCACCCUCCACGCAGUUUUCAUCGCCGGGCUCUCGUACAUCUACGCUCUCCGAAAUCACUUCCAGCACAUCCGAAGAUCUAGCCGAAGCUUAGGUAAAUCAACCCUCAACUUCUCGCCCACGAUCACUCAAGUCGUCAACGACACCAGGGCCUGCUCCAAAAUUCUUGUCGCGGUUUCCGAAAGAUGGACGAUGGCUCGAAGCUGUUCAGAAGUCUUCGAUAAAUUGAGCGACGCGGUUGUCGAAGACGUGGUGGAAGCCCAGACUGCUCAAGCUGCAGCACUGCCCAAUACAGCAUCCACACGCACCAUCGACAUGGUCCUUGCUCCAACACCGAGCAUAAGUGGUAGCUGUUACGAUAGUGCUUCCCCUGACCUGGUAAACAUGACGGUUGACAGCACUCUCCGCGAUUGCUUCGGCGAUUUGCGGACUAUGUGUUACGACCAAUAUUGCAACGAUGCCAUUGCCCAACUUUCGCAGGACUGGAUGUUUGGCAUUGGCGAGAGUUCGAACGAACUAUUCUGA